AUGAGUGUCGUCGGAAUCUCACCUGCACUUCAGCACUGCAAUGUUGCUCAAGGGGAUAUCGAUAUCACCAGAGAGACUAUCGAUGAGUACACCAAUCUGAAAUACUUGUCAUCGAACAACGCGUUCCUUUGCCCGGAAUCCGUACAAAGAUGGCAACAGCUUUUGUCGAAAAUGGCAAAAGCCACCGGCAAAGGAUCCCUUGUUGAGUACAGGAACAAUGGCGAAAAUUGUGGCUUCCUAUUGAUUGCUACAAUGGUCAUAGGCUGUGCUAUACUGUUUGCUGCAAUGUCUAUGAUGUAA